GUUUUUUCUUUCUUAAUGAAGGAAAAUAAUACACCUGAACCUAUUAUCUUUUCUGAUCCUAUUUUUGACUUUAGUUUUCACCCUAAAAAGAAUCUUGUUGUAGCUGGUCUUAUAACAGGUCAUGUUUACUGUUAUCAAUAUGAUAAUGAUGCUAAUAUUCUACAAUGGUCAACACAGAUAUCAAAAAAGUCUUGUCGAGGGGUUGAGUUCAACCAUGAUGGUAGUUUGGUUAUGACCAUAUCUCGUGACAAGUCAAUUCAAACAAUAGAUAUGACUACAGGUCGAUUAUUACAAAAGAUACCAAAAGCUCAUAGAUACCCAAUCAAUAAAAUUCAUGCACUGGAUAUAAAUCGGAUAGCUACUGGAGAUGAUGAAGGUGUGAUCAAGGUAUAAAUUAUUAUUUAAUGGAUUGAAAAUAGAACGACUUCUUUUUUCUUUAUGAUAUCAUUAUUUAUUUUUUGAAUAGAUCUGGGAUAUGCGAUCACCGAGCAUGAUUCAACAAUACAAUGUUCAUGAUGAUUUUAUUGCUGAUAUGACUUUUGCUCAAGAUAAAUCAUGUUUAUUGGCAUCUGGGUAAGUAAAAAAAAAAAAAAGGUAUGUCUAUUCUUUUUCUCACUAAUGGUUGAUUUGAUAUUAUCCUUUUUAUCUUUUGUAGUGGUGAUGGUAUGCUUUCUGUACAUGACAUAAGGAAAUUGGACAAGAAGGUGGCAACAUGUAUAUUGGAUGAUGAAUUAUUAUCAUUAACGACAAUCAAAGUAAUAUAUAAAAGAAAAAGAAAGAAGAAGAAAAAAACAACG